AUGGAUGACCUUACUUGUUUGGGUUGUGUGAAGUCUUUCGCAACUCAAAAGCGCUUGAGUAGUCACGAAGCUCAGUGUGCUGCUAACAAAACUCUAGAUACUGAUAUUUACAAGAGUCAGCAGCACCUUGAGAAGGAGAAGUGCAAGAAACAAAAGUGGAGAAGACUUCGGGAAGUGUCUCGGUCACCAACACUCCAAGAAAAAACUCCCCCUGCUCACAACUUACCUCCUGUGGAUGAACAGAUGGAUAUUGACGAUGGAUGGUACAAUACUGGCGAGGUUAAAAAUGAUGCAUCGGGACCUUCUAAUGCUGGUCCCUCUAGCAUUGUAUCAGAUCCACUGGUUGAUUCUACGGUCUCUGUCUGCUCUGGGAUGGGAAUCUACUUUGCACAUAUGGCCCAUCAGGCUCGUAACCAGCCCUCUGUUCCAUCUGCAUCACCACCCCUACCUCAAGAAGAACCAGGAACCCCUCCUGCUGCUGUUCAAGACCAGCCCACACUCGUCCCUUACAAGACUCAACCUGAUUCAAUGGGUCUCUUCCGCAUAUACGCGCAACAUCCCACUUUGAUACUGAUUGGAAAUGAAGGCCUGGAUGUGAUUGCUGAUGCUCCGACCUUCGAAACUCAGGGCAAUUCUCAUUUGGAGCGAUCUCAGAUCAUUCCUGGACUUCCCUCCUCAGAUAUUUGGCCUGAAGAUAUUUUUUCUGCAUUCAGUAGUCCAACACCAGGCCUUCUCUUUUGUUGGCAAUACUCUGGAUCUAACUCUAAGUCAAAUGCUGAAAUGAAAUGCCUAGCAUCGGAUUUUCUCGAUGACGAUGAAUACAGGAGAGAAGAUGCACGAGCUUACGACACUGUAUGUGAGAAGAGGCUUAUACAGGACUAUCUUAAGGAUAGAUCUAAUCCCUUCCACAUGGAGAAUGGCUGGCGCUGUUCUUCAGUCAACAUUCGCCUGCCCAAGGAAAAGGAGAAGUUCGCAUCAGAAGAAGAAGCUCCAGAAAUGGAGAUUCCAGGUGUUUAUCACCGCUCCCUCACUGACAUCAUUGUGUCCGUUGUAGAGACUCGUGCAUCUCAUAGUGUGAUAUGGCGCUUUACACUAGGGAGUAUACAGCACCAACUCGCAGCAUCACUCUGUGUACCAUCCACAGUGAUUCCUAUAUGA